AUUUCCAGAUGGAUUCCUACAAUUUGCGUGAUUUUUACAAUCGGCGAAUUCCAGUUCCGUCGGUUCUUCUAGGGUUUCCUCUCCCUUCUAAUCAAUUCCAUUCUCUCUCUCGUCCCCCUCUCUCUCUAGAUGUGAAGUCGAAGCAAAGGCUUAGCAAUUGCAUCAGAGUCUUAACGCAAUCAACUUCUUGUUAAGAUCAUAUAUACAUACAUAUACAUAUCCUCUUUUGUUCGUUUCGACUCGUAACCUUCAAUCAAUCUCCAAUUCAAACAGCUACUGAAUCAGUGCCAGAAAAGAGCCACCAUAGUGCAAUACUGUUAUUUAUUUAUUUUUAUCAAAACCUUUUACAUAUGCGCCUCCACAUUAUUCUUGGGUAAUGAGACUUCUGUAUAUAGUGGACAUAGUUAGCAGAGAUGUACUUAUCUGCUCUCUUAACUUCGGCUGGCAUCAAUAUAGCCAUUAGUGUUGUGCUUUUGUCAUUGUAUUCCAUUUUGAGGAAACAACCGAGCAAUGUAAAUGUGUACUUCGGACAGAGGCUUGCUCAGGAACGAUCAAAAGACCAUGGCCAUUUCUCCUUUGACAGAUUUGUUCCUUCCCCCAGUUGGAUGGUCAAGGCCUGGGAAACAUCUGAACAAGAACUAUUGGCUAGUGGGGGCUUGGAUGCAGUGGUUUUUCUCAGGAUGAUUGUUUUUAGUAUCCGAAUUUUCUCUAUUGCUGCCUUCAUUUGCAUUUUUCUUGUGCUGCCGCUGAAUUAUUUUGGGAAAGAGAUGCAACACAAGUUAAUCCCUUCAGAGUCACUGGAAGUAUUCACCAUUGGGAAUGUCAAAGAAGGAUCAAAAUGGGUUUGGGCACACUGUCUUGCAUUAUACAUCAUAUCUGGCUCUGCUUGUGUUCUUCUUUACUCUGAGUACAAAAGCAUCACAAUCAUGAGGAUGGCAUAUAUUACAGGAUCUCCACUGAGCCCAAGUCACUUCACAGUUCUUGUUCGUGGUAUCCCUUGGUCUUUAGAAGAAUCAUACAGUGAUUCAGUGAAAAAAUUCUUUAGUAAUUACCAUGCGUCAGGUUAUUUAUCACACCAAGUGGUCUACCAUUCUGGUACAGUUCACAAACUGAUGAAUAAUGCAGCAGAGAUGUACAAGGUGUUCAAGUGCACUUCAGAUGAAAGACACUGUAGACCAAGUUUGACAAGUUGUGGCCUUUGUGGAGGGCCUACGCAUUCUUUCAAAAUCCUUUCCAGUGAAUUAGGAACUCCUGAAGGGAGAGGUGACUUUAGCGAUAUGAAUGCAAGAGAAAAUGAGUGUGCAGCAGCUUUAGUUUUUUUCAGGACACGCUAUGCUGCUUUGGUUGCUUCAGAGAUUCUUCAAUCACCAAAUCCUAUGUUAUGGGUCACGCAGUUGGCUCCAGAACCACCUGAUAUCUAUUGGAAAAAUCUUCAUAUACCUUAUAGACAGCUUUGGAUCCGUAGGAUAGCAACUCUUUUGGCCGCCAUCGUUUUCAUGUUUUUUUUCCUUUUGCCUGUUACUUUUACACAAGGUCUCCUUCAUGUAGAGCAGCUGCAGAAAAGAUUUCCGUUUAUGAGAGGAAUUUUAGAGAAAAAGUUCGUAAUCCAGGUGGUGACAGGGUAUCUACCAAGUGUGAUACUGAUGAUAUUUCUGUAUACUGUUCCACCAAUAAUGUAUCUAUUAUCGACAGUGGAGGGUCCUGUCUCACGUAGUGACAGGAAAAAGAGUGCAUGCUGCAAAGUCCUAUACUUCAUAAUUUGGAAUGUUUUCUUUGUUAAUGUCUUCUCAGGGACCGUUAUGAAUAAUUUGCUUCUCAUUUCUAAACCAAGAGACUUACCUACCCAACUUGCCAUAGCGGUUCCUUUACAGGGUGCCUUAUUUAUGACCUACGUUAUGACAUCAGGUUGGGCUAGCUUGUCAUCCGAGCUCAUGCAACCAGUCGGUCUUCUCUGCACCUUCUUUAAUAGAGUCAUUCUAAGAAACAAGGAGUUUUCUUAUGGCCCUUUAUCUUUUCCAUAUCACACAGAAAUUCCAAGAGUCCUCUUGUUCGGACUUAUUGGGUUCACCUGUUCCAUAUUGGUACCAUUGGUGCUGCCCUUGUUGCUGGUUUACUAUUUUCUUGCUUAUCUCGUGUACCGUAAUCAGAUUCUCAAUGUAUAUAUUGCAAAAUAUGAAAGUGGGGGACAGUUAUGGCCUGUUAUGCAUAACACGACAAUCUUCUCGUUGGUGCUGACACAAAUAAUAGUCUCUGGGGUCUUUGGAAUGAAGCAUUCAGCAGUUGCAUUGGGCUUCACCGUUCCACUGAUUAUUAUUACACUACUCUUUAAUGAGUACUGCAGGAAAAGGUUUCGGCCAGUAUUCGAGAACAAUGCUGCUCAGGUCCUUAUGGAAAUGGAUCGGCAAGAUGAGCAAUCUGGGAGGAUGGAAGAGAUUCAUAAGCAGUUGCGUUCAGCCUAUUGUCAAUUUGCAUCACUGUCCCAAGAGGGCCAAGACUCGCGUAAGGAUGAUAUGCAACUGAACCAUUGUGGCGAUGGGGAUGGUGACGGACUCAAAGAUCCAGAAGCCAUAAACCUUGGUUCGAUUGGUGAACAAUCUAGAGAGACUUUCCAUCUGGAAUCAGGUAGGUAAACUGUUUGGUCUAAGGCUGUCGCUUUUCAAGAAAGAAAUCAAGCCUAAAUAUAUGGAUCAUGAACAGUUCGUUGCAGUUCAGAAAUACAAUGCGAAUACGAAGUAGACCGAGCUCUGCUCUUAUGUACAUAAUUCAUUUUUGAGAAAUGAGAUAUUUGUAGAAAGUCUCUCAAGCUUUUCUUGUAGCUCCAAUAUCAUCUCCAAUUCAUUUUUAUGUACGUAUUCAAGUUUUCUUAUUGCCGCCAUUCUGAUAGUGUUGCCCGGAAGUACAAUUUUUCUGAAGUACAUUUGAAGCCUUGUAUAGAACAGAAGUUAUAUGAUUUCUGACAGCAAACCUAGUGCACCAUUCGAAUAGAAGUGAAGGUUUAUUUUCCUCUUU